GGAAAUCGGCUUCGCCUCUCUCAGGAUGUCCAUAUAUGGGCGAUGAUGUCCAUAUAUGGGUUAUGAUGUCAUCAGCAGGGAUUCCCACCCCUCGUGGCUGACUCAUAAACUCAGGAAGUGGGGUAAAGCAUGCUUAUCGACACACGGCACACGCCGAGGCACCGCGGACCGUUACUAGGAGCUGCGCGAAGCAGACGCCCGCGAUGCACGAGGAGAUAAAACUGGGGGCGUCUUACAUUGUAAGACUGCUGAACCGGCACCAGCGGCUGGACAGCGAGCAGGAGAAGACAUUUACUGAGACCCUGACCUCCAUCCUGCGCGAUCGCUUCGAAGGACAUUGGUACCCCGACAAGCCACAGAAGGGCCAAGCGUACAGGUGCGUCCGUAUAGAGCAGAGCCUCCUGGUAGAUGAUUCCGUGUUGCAGGCCUGCGUUCGGAGCGGUCUACGCUGCUCGCAGCUCGCCCUUCCAAGAGACAUGUACCUUUGGAUCGAUCCCGAAGAGGUCACCUGCCGGUUGGGGGAGAGCUGCAGCCCUUUCGUAGUGAAAGCUCCAGAAGCGACUUUUACCAAAAAAUCUUUAGAUUCGGAUAAAUCUGACCUGGAGACCUCCGAUUAUCACUCAGACACCAGCGGGACGCCAUCGGAGAGUUCCAGCGAAGACGAGGAAUCGGCUGCUUCCAAAGAAUCAGCGGUAACACCGGUGACGGCUAAUCAGAAAAUGGGCACCCAAUUUUACUACAGUCCGACUCCGUCUACAGCUGUUUACUACCAUUACCCUAGGAACGCGGUGAGCUUCAUUCCCGCGUAUCAACCCAUGACCUUGUACUACCUGAUCCCCAAACAACCCAAAUUCUAUCACAAAUCGAGAGGAACGCACCAGAAAUGGAGGUCAACCAGGACUGCGCCCAACAAGUCAGCAGACCCUUCCACGUCUGCCAAUGCCACGUCUAAAAACGCUAACCCAUGAGGUUCCAAAGGACAGGCUGUUUAUUGGCCUUCAGACUGUGAAUUUAUGAUCCUGGGAGCCCGUGCCAAGCAUCAGCUCAACGUCCGUAACCACGUGUUGUGUAAGGGAGUUCUGGAGGACCGAUCAGCACACAUCAUGUAUUAACUAAGGUCCCCGGUCGAUGAGGUGGAUACAAUGCUGCCGUUGACUUAUUUGACCUUCGUCUUUCCAUCACAACAGCUAAUGGUGGUGUAGGGACCUAGUGGUGACCCCUGGUUUCUCCUGCUGUGGGACCAUCCUCUCAGUUUCUACAGACUGGACAUCUUCUCCAUGGUGAAACGGUCAGUUGGCUAGACCGGUCCCCAUAAAGCGGGUCUUUCGUCUGCCACACACCUCCGUAUCUCUGGCUUUCCCACCCCACUCCUAUGUCUUACGCCAGACCCUC